AGAGUGUGGUUACUAGCAACAGUUGUUGAAUCUUCCCUGAUAAGUCCUUGUCUAGUGUGAGAGUCGAUGCAGAACUCUGUAUGUAGCUGAGUGUUUUCAGUAGAAGACCAGGAUGUCUACGUCGAUCCAGCCAUGGCACCAUGGUACUAUCACCCGAUCAGAGGCUGAGGAUCUACUCUCCAAAGCAGCCAGGGAUGGAAGCUUCCUCCUCCGGGACAGUGAGUCCAUACAGGGUGCAUAUGCCCUCUGUGUUCUGUACCAGAACUGUGUGUAUACCUACAGGAUCCUACCCAAUGAGGAGAGGAAGCUCUCGGUCCAGGCCUCUGAGGGCGUGCCUAUCCAAUUAUUCUCUGUGCUGUCUGACCUGGUGGAGACCUACUACAGUCCCAACAUGGGUCUGGCUACACACCUGCAGUUCCCUGUUCAGAAGGAGGAGGAACCGGAGGAAGAAGCAGAGCCAGUGAAAUACCCUCCUCAGCUGCCCCCGAGGAACUUCUCAGGAGGACCGUCAGCCAAUGGCAGUAAAGAAACCCACGUAGGGGAUUCCCGAGGCUCCGAGCCGGCUUGUAGUUCCCUGGUAGACACGUACCUACAGAGACUACAACACAUCGAUAUGUCUAACCUGCCAGAAGAGCACCACAAAUCCAUUGAGGAAUACUUCCACACCUCGGUCUCUCUCGAUGCUGAGCAAGUCCAGAACGGGAAUCCGACCCUCCCCCAUCUGAAGAAGCUCACUAUGGGUAUCUGCAAACAACUGAACAGCGAGAUCUCCCGUACCUUGCCCACUCUGGAGGCCUUUCAGAGGCUUCUGGACCAGCAGCUGUCCCCAGGGAUUGGACGCCUGAGGACUCAGGUGUCAUCAGAUUCCGACCAGUCUGUGUCCUUCAGGCUGGAACAGCUGACCAAGCUGCUCUACUCCAUUGAAGAGAAGGCCAAAACAGCCGUGCUUGAGUGGGCUGGAUACGACGGAGGCCACAGAAAGUCUCUAAUACCACCUAUUACAUUUGAAGUCAAAUCAGAGCUGCUUGGUCUCACAACCAAGAUGUUCCUCAAGGUGGAUGUGGAAACUGGGAAGAUCUACUUCAAGAAAUCUAAAGACGGGCCAGAAGACAAAUACUUUGUUCACAAUAAAAUCUUACAGCUCGUGAAAUCCCAGAAGGUUGCCAAGCUGGUGAUCAUGGUGGAAACAGAGAAGGAGAAGACUCUGAGGAAAGAGUUUGUCUUCAACGACACAAAGAAAAGAGAAGGGUUCUGUCAACUCCUUCAGCAGAUGAAGAACAAACACUCAGACAAGCCUGAGCCAGAUAUGAUCACUGUGUUUGUUGGCACCUGGAAUAUGGGGAACGCCAGUCCCCCCCACAGCAUAGCAUCCUGGUUCCAGUGUAAGGGUCAGGGCAAGACCAGGGACGACACGGCCGAUCACAUUCCUCAUGACAUCUAUGUGAUCGGGACUCAGGAAGAUCCCCUCGGGGAGAAGGAGUGGAUAGACACACUGAAGAGUGCCUUGAGAGGAACCACCAACAUCAGCUUCAAACAAGUCAGAAAUAAGGGAGCAGUGGGUGUUUCCUUCAUGUUCAACGGAACUUCCUUUGGCUUCGUUAACAGUCACCUGACCUCAGGCAGUGAGAAGAAGAUCAGACGCAACCAGAAUUACAUCAGCAUCCUACGCUUUCUUAAUCUUGGAGAUAAGAAACUGAAUCCUUUUGACAUCACACAUCGAUUCACUCAUCUGUUCUGGUUUGGGGAUCUGAAUUAUCGAAUCGAACUGCCAUCCACAGAAGCAGAGAGCAUUGUGACCAAGAUCAAACAGCAACAGUACCAGGAACUGCUGUGUAGAGACCAGCUCACCAUUGAGAAAGGAGAAGAGAAGGUGUUUCUACACUAUGAUGAGGAGGAGAUCACAUUCGCGCCCACGUAUCGUUUCGAGAGAGACACACGAGAGAGAUAUGCCUACACCAAAGCCAAAGCCACAGGGACUAAAUACAAUCUACCAUCAUGGUGUGAUCGUGUUCUACGGAAGUCCUACCCCUUGGUKCACGUGUUCUGUCAGUCAUACGGGUGCACCAAUGACAUCCUGACUAGUGACCACUCUCCAGUUUUCUCCACGUUUGAAGUUGGAGUGGCUUCACAGUUUGUCUCCAAGCACGAUCCCAGCAGUGUGUCUCAGGGUGGGAUCAAGUUCAUGAACUGCAUYGCCACCCUCAUGACAAAGUCCAAGACCAARUUCUUCAUAGAAUACCACUCCAGCUGCUUAGAAAAAUUCGUCAAGAGCUCGGAAGGAGAGAACCAAGAUCACUCAGAUGGGUCUAUCAAAGUUCGGUUUGGAAACCAAGUUGAGCUCGUCCCUAUCAUCUCAGACCCGGAGUAUCUGUUGGAUCAACACAUUCUCCUGUGUGUCAAGUCCACAGACUGUGAUGAAUCCUAUGGAGAGGGCUGUGUGGCUCUGCGAGCAGCGGAGUCCUCCUACACAGAUUUCCACAUCACAUUGACGCAUCACGGCGAGCGGACGGGCACCCUGACGGGAGGUGUACAGUUACGAACCUCAGAAGGCAAACAGACUGAGAAGUUAUACGAUUUCAUCAAAGUGGAAAGGGAUGAUUCUGGUGCCUCUAAAGGAAAAGGACUUGAUCUUAUCAACAAGUUCCCUCUUCCCGGUGAUAUCACCAACCCCAGUUACAUGGAGGUGGGCUACAAGUCUGGAGGUGUGACAGACAGGGGUUGGAGCUACAGCAUGUCCCCCAGAUCAGGCUCCGGAGGUGGGGGUGGUGUCGGUGGGCACGGGGCCAAGGACCAGACCCAUGGAAACAUCUCUCCCAAAAAGACUGUCUACGACCACGGCGCUGUGCGAAGCCCCACAGGAAAAGCAGCAGAUAACGUUAGUGAGGGGGGGAAGCCAGCGGAGAUGUUUGACAACCCUCUGUACGGCUCCAUGGGGAAAGGAGGAGGACCACGAGGAGCUAAAGACCAACCAGACCCUCAACGCUCCAAGGACCACCUGACCCCUCCAGACCCCAUCUUCUCCUUCACCAAACCGUCUGACCAGGAUCCUGACCGGCCCCCGCUCCCCACCCCGCGUAACCGCUCUUACACCUGUUCUGAGACCAAACCUCCGUCUUCCGCCACCACUGCCUCGGCCUCRGCCUCGCUCCUCCCCCAGACCUACACCAAGACCCCUGUGAAGCCCUCGCGCUCCGAGGGGGGCAUGGGACAAACCAGCAAUAGGCCAAAUCUGCCAAUGAAGUCCCGCCCAGGCCAGGCGGACGCCACGCCCACUAAGCCUAAAGAUUACAGAGACAGCUCGGAGCUGCUCAGCAAACUCCGUCCACCUAUAAGACCCAUCCAGCCCCUCCCCAAAGAAGCGCAUCAUGAGGCAACUCAACCACCGAAGAUGGGCCGUUCAGCGAAAUGACUUUGUGUGCUUUUUUGGCUGAAAACCCUCCUCCUCUUGUCCUAUAUGUUACAAUUAGAUGUUGAAAAGGUGGCUAGUGUCGGUCACUGCAAUGUUCGUCUUCCUGACUCUUCAAACAAGUUUCUGUACGAACUCAUCUUACCAUAUGCAUUAGGCUGUAUUCCUGGCAACUCUCUGGGGAUUUGUGGAGUCCUCUGAAAUAAGUAUCGUCGUUUUUUUUUUUAGAAAAGCUAUUUAGAUUAUAAGAAUCAUUUUUAAAGACUUGUACAACAAUCUUAAUUAAACUCAAGGGAAUCAUA